GAAUGUAGAGACACAUCAGCGCGCGCUCUCACUGAGCACACACACACAAACACACACACACACACACACAUACACACACAGCCUCAUCAUUUCCAACAUGUUCACGGGCAGAGGAUAUAAGAGGAUCAACCGCUGAACAUCUUGUGCUUUUUUACGGGUGCUGAUGUGCUGAUGUUUCUGUGUCUCCUGUAGUGCGUCAUGGGAAAUCACCCAACAUUCCUACUGCUGCUUCUACGGAUGCUCACCACUGAGUUGUGUCAUGCUGAGGAUGUGAUAGUGCCGACUAUGAUACCAAUGGAGGACGUGACUGAGAUCCCAAUAUCCCCCACUGCCCUGAAGGUGUCGAGGGGACAGAUCCUGGCAGCUCAGUUUGAGUGUUACCUCAAAAUACUGCACGACCCACCACGCACAGAGCUAGGGCCGUACUGUAACCGCACGUGGGACGGCUGGCUCUGCUGGGGAGACUCGCCUCCCGGAACCAUCAUACAGGCCUGUCCUACUUAUUUCCAAGACUUUGACCCAACAGAAAAAGUUACCAAAGUGUGUAACUCGGAUGGACAGUGGUUCAGACAUCCAGACAGCAACCGAUUGUGGUCCAAUUACACCCUGUGUUCAGCGUACACCCAAGGAAAAGUCACGGUUGCUUUCACUAUGUAUUACCUGGCAGUGCUGGGGCACUCUCUGUCCGUGGUCUCCCUGCUUAUAUCCAUUUUCAUCUUCUCUUAUUUCAAGUGUCUAAGCUGUCAGAGGAUCUCUCUCCAUAAGAACAUGUUUCUGUCCUUCAUCUUUAACUCCAUUCUCAUGGUCAUCUCAUUAACCAUGAUCGUCCAUGAUGAGCAACUGGCUGCCACUAACCAGAUUGGCUGUAAGAUUUUAUCCAGUUUGAUUCAUUACGCAUCGUGCUCGACAUAUUUCUGGAUGCUGUGUGAGGGGAUCUACCUGCACACACUCAUCAUUGUGGCUGUGUUUGUUGGAGAACAACAGCUGGGUUGGUACUACCUGCUGGGCUGGGGAUUCCCAGUUAUUCCAGCUGUCAUUCACGCUGUGGCUCGUCUGUACUUCUAUGACGACAAUUGCUGGAUAAGCAACUCUAACCUGCUCUACAUCGUCCAUGGCCCAAUCCAUGUGGCCCUGGUGGUGAACCUCUUCUUCCUGUUGAACAUAGUGCGUGUUCUGAUCACAAAGCUGAGAGUGACCCACAAGACCGAGUCCAAUGCCUACAUGAAGGCCGUACGCGCCACCCUUAUCCUGGUGCCCCUGAUGGGAGCUCACUUCAUCCUGGUGCCCCUGCAGCCCGAGGGCAGACUGCCCUUAGCCGUGUACGAGUUCUUCAUGAACAUCUUCAUGCAUUUUCAGGGCCUCCUUGUUGCCAUCAUCUUAUGUUUUGGAAAUGGGGAGGUGCACUCAGCUAUAAGGCGUAAGCUUGCCCAGUACCGGGUCCAAUUCAAGCAGCGCCUGGUGACGACCGACUCUCACUCCCACAACUACCACACCAACUCCUCCAUCGUCGAGACCAGCCGAGGGGCCCUGAGUCUGGAACACAUGCCACCUCAGCUGGACGAGGACAAAACUCACACUGCCAUGGUCGUCAUCAACGGCCAGAGCAACGGCAAGCGCAGCUUCAGCGAGGAAGAUCACAAAUUCAAAGUCCUAGAGUUAUCAACGAUCUGACAAUAAAAUGGAAAGAGACUUUUUUAAAUAUUCAGUACUAAGCUCGUUUAAAGAAGCAGGUCACCUCGAAUGUGAACAGUGAUUAAAAAAAAAGGCAGUUAGUUAAACUAGCUUUACAAUACUAAUUGGUCCAACUCUCCGUUUUAUUUUUAAAUGGCGUCCUCCGUUCAUCUAUCUCACAACACUGUAAUAAAGGAGAUGUCUAACUGAAAGUUAGAGUUUAAGAUUUUGAUCUUUUAUUCUGAGAUCACGAGUUUGAAUGUCAAAGAUGCCCCACGGACAACUAGAGAUAAAGAGAAGCAAUCAAUUCGACAAGGUGAACAAAUUUAGUUUGACGCUGCUUUAGCUGAGAAUUGGUUUUAUAUUUAUAUUCAGAAAGUGCGCUAAUUGGCUAAUGCUAGCACAAUAUACACAAUAUUCGACCUCACGUUUAAACCUAUCCAUAGAUACUAGCUAACAUCAAGCAUGAUUUUUCUGUGAUUUAAGGACAAAACUCUGUAUCUGAUAGCCAGAAAACUUGGCCAGCUGUCUUUUUGUGACGAUGAUGAGCUGCAUUAGAAAAAGAAUAACAUUUAUAUUAAUGCACUUGAGGACUUAGCUAGCCCACUAUCUGUUAGCCACCACUUUUUCGCUAGUUAUCUUGCAACCAAAAUGUAGGACUUACCAGGAUAUUUGGGGCUUUUAUUUGUGCCAAACAACGAAUUUACAAUUUGUCCACCUUACAGAUUGAUCGCUUGGGGUCAUGCGGAGAGAUCUAAAUGAAUGGCUGGGAAUUUUCUAUGACUGGUUUGGAUUAUGAGUAGUAGAUAUUUUAUCUCAUUUCAACCAGCACACACGUGCUUUAUGCAUCUUUCGUUCCUGUACAAAUAGUUUAUAAAAGGAAAAAAACAGUAUGUUGCGUCAAACUCGUAAGCUGUCACUAAACUGAUUUGUCCAUGAUUUUUUCCCUGUAGGAUCCACACACACACACACACACACACACACACACACACACACACACACACACACACACACACACACACACACACACACACACACACACACACACACACAGAGAGAGAGAGAAGACAAAUAACGGAAGUCGGAUUGUUUGUUCGAGCACUGAGAACAUUUGAAAUAUGUAAUUAUUUUUUAAAUAUGUGUAUAAACACUUGUAAAUACGUGUUCUUUGUGUUUUUCACCCACUGAAUUCUCUCAUUCUUAGCAAAGGCUUUGUUUCCUCCUUCUCUAGGACUUAAAAUGAGUUUGUGGAAAGACGCGUGUGUUAUUUGCUCGUAUCUAUCUUGUGGUCAGAUUUAUUGACUAAAAACAUUCCACUAAAACUUCGAAUGUGUGAAUCAAUGUCAUUACUAUGUGUAAUGGACGCUGUUGUUAUAAAGAGCACAAUAAACAUUAUUGCACUGGA